AUGCCUCCCAAAUUGCCAUUGAUUGGCAAGGCAGUCUAUUCGCUAUCCCUCUCCUCAUGGCCUUUCAUAUGUCGAUCAUGCCGCUACAAGCAGGCUCGUGCUCUUUGCAGUGGUGCUGCAAGGUUAAAACCCCAGGGAAACCGCAAGGCGCGUGGGACGACUCUGCAAUUAAGGACAGCUUCAACGACUGCCUCCAUAACAGCAGUCAACGUCAGACGGGAUAUACCCCCUAGAUUCUUGCAUCUGCAUGAGUCGUUGAAGGCUCUCGAGACCGAAGCGGCAGUCUACAUCAAUAUUAGCCAAUUGCGCCUGGCUUUGAGAGGCCUCGAGUCCGAGAAUGCUGUCACGCGCGUCGCUGUGCUGGGUCUGAACGGGCACAAUGGACCUCGAAGGCUGGCGAGAGCCCUGCUGGCGGAUCCUUUAGCAUCGGAGCAACGGUGGGAGAAGCAGCUCACGGCAGACGACAACGAUGAAAGAGCUAUACUUCUGCGCUACGGGGAACAGGCCGAUGUGGACGACCGACAUCCGCUCGUGAAGACACUAUUCAUCCCUUCUACAACAUUACACAUCCACAAUCUCGAAAUACUUGUCCAGGCUAGCUCGGCUGCGGAUAAAUCAUAUGGAGAAGCAGGAGCAGCGAAUCUGCUGGUGCCCGGGUUAGAAUCUCAAAGCUCAGCCAGUGGCAGGCUUUCUACGGUAACAUUUCCAGUACACAAAACGGUCAUAUACCAGGAAGGAUUGCAAGACCUGGGCAGUAUACCAAAAAUCAACUUGCAUGACAGGAGCAUUUUCAAUGUUAUCAUUGACUGGUCCUGGAGUACUUUACAGCAACAGAGCCAAAACGCCCAAUCCGUCUCCCCAAUCAACCUGGCGCUCGGAGAAGCAGCCAUUGAAAUCUUUCGGCAAUCGCUACAGCGGUCGGUUGAGUACGAGCAUUUGUGGUUUGAUGCCGGAAUGCCCGGUAUGACGGCAUGGAUGUUGGAUGGCACCGAGUCACCGAAUGGCGGCAUCAAGCCGGCAAUACGUGGACUUCUUCAGAAUAUAUGCAAUAAUACCAAAAAAGCAAUCGCUCAAGAAGAUGAGUCAAGCGCCCAGCGACAGAAGGCUUCGACUAUAUCUGUUGCCACGAAGAACAUCAUCGAGCAAGGUAUCUCCAUCUGGGCAGAAAACGCCCACACUGAACUACGUGAUCGUCUUAACAGCGCGUUUCACAGCAAAAGCUGGAGACGGAUCAAGUGGUGGAAACUCUUCUGGCGCGUUGACGAUGUAGAAUAUAUAGCCUCAGACAUCCUCCACAAGGCCUGGCUGGUAGAGGCGGAAAAGGAGAUGAUUUGGAUAUCUGGCCGCAUCCACCAGUCAGGACUACUUGGGCCGCUUAAGCUCAGGCCAACGGCAGUGCUCGACCCGGAUGACGAGCAGACGCUCGGCGGCCAUCCCCCCGCACCUCGAGUGUCUGAUCUUGUCGAAAGGGUUCCGAACUACGAGGUUGUCGAGGACCAAGUCUUCCAACACCCAUGGUUGCAAAACAUCUACCGCGCUCGUUCUGCUCUUUCCCAAUUCACCGUUCCUCCUCUUCAAUCGCUUUCACAGUCCCUUCUACUCCAGACCAUAUCCACCAAUGCCCUCACCUCCUCCCUUUCCGCGCUUCUCUACUUCUCAAUCUCUACGACAUCUCCGUACGAAGCAGGUGCUAUCGCAGCCGUUGGUCUAGUCUGGUCAUUGCGAAGAUUGCAAACGAGAUGGGAAAAUGCUAGGAGUACGUGGGAGGCGCAGAUCAGAGAAGAUGGAAGGAGAGUCCUGAGGCACGUGGAAGAGGUCGCUCGGGAGACUGUUCGUGAGGGUGGUAUGGGAGAGGCUGAUGAGCUUAGUAGGGAAGCAAGAAGGGUGGCGAGAAAUGCUGUUGCCAGAACAGAGAGAGCCUUGGAGGAAAUAAGUUCAUGA